AUGAACUCAUGGGAUCCAAGUGCUUCGAUCCCUCCGGGUGCUUCCGACUUCUCAUACUUUGAGUUUGACGAAGGUGUAUUCGUUAACGAAAGCAACACACAAGUCACUUCUACUUAUGCAAUCGGCGAAACGGGACGCUCUUUUAGCAUCCGAGCCGAGGAUGAUCCUCCAAGAUUGUAUGCCAGGAUCGAUGGUUUUUCGACUUCUGCUAUGCCAGAAGGCGAAUGGCUCGCACUUGAAUUUGUCCAUAGCGGUGGCAACCCCUUCGUGCUGAGCGGUACUAUCAAAAACAUGUCGACUACCUUUCAGCCGCCUGACUGGAUGCACCAAAACCUGAACACCUUGGGCAAUUUGCCCUUGAAGAGAAUAUGUAUGCCAGGAAGUCAUAGUGCUGGCAUGGGUGUUCUCAAUCCAGUUGGUACAGCGCAAGAGAACUACGCGUCGGGCACUGGCUCUCUGCUCAAAACCCAGCCAACCACUAUCUACCAACAGCUUGUAAACGGUUCUAGAUUUCUUGACGUCAAUCCGGUUAUGGUUGCGGAGGGUGACUUCAGAGCUGGCAGUUUCCCUACAAACCCGCCUGUUGACGAGCAUGGUUGUUGUGGUCAAAGCAUGAGCGAUAUUAUUUCUGACAUCAACAAAUUCACUCGACAGUAUGCCGAGUUGAUUAUUCUGGACCUUUCUCAUGGUUAUGAUGCGACAAAUGGCUAUACCGACCUGUCGGUCAGCCAGUGGUCUACACUGUUCAUUCAACUGACCCAAAAUCUGUCUAAUCUUGCGCUGAUCAAUGCAGAUUACACAACAGGGCGGGUUUUCAACAAUACCCUGAACUCAUUCAUUGGCAGUGGGACAGCCUCUGUGCUGGUCUGCCUUGAUGUGGGCGGCAUGUCGCCUGACCCAUCAUUCCAGGGCAAGGGUAUAUUUUCCCAAGCAAACCUACUCACGAAUAACGUAUGUUCCAACACUACCAAUGUGGAUAGCCUUGAUAUAGAUCUGCUCUCCAAGCUUGAGAAUUAUCCGACAGAUUCGAGCGGUCAAGUUAUUGAUCAACUCCAACUUGUAUCAUGGAUCUUGACACAAAGACAUCCCGACUCUGGAAUCGAGGCCCUUGCCAACCAAGCAAAUUUGAACUUAUUCAAAAAUAUCAUUGGAUUCUGCUCGGCGUCUGCCUUUCCCAAUGUCAUCCUGGUGGAUUGGCUUAAGAACACAAACACGGCGGCGCUGGCUAUGGCUAUCAACAAUAAGGUGUACGGGAACGCUAACUCUGGAAAUAUCCCAUCUCCCACGCAACAAUACGUCUCAUCUCUCACUGUUCAGACAUCCGGUGACUCGGAUUUCUUUCCGCUUGGCACUUGCGUGGACGAAAGUGGACGACAGGGGAGUCCGGACUGCAAUAAUAGUUUCAGUGGAGACUACACUUAUGUUGUAAAGACUUUUACCACGAACCCAUCCCAAGCCAUCACCGGAUUGAGCAUUCACAUUACUGGCUAUAAAAACUCUUGGCUGGGAGGAGAUAUGGCUAAUGACGCUGGCGGCGACUUCCGCACCGACAUUAACCAUGGGAGAAGCGGCGCGUAUCUGUAUCUUGUUUGGAAGAAUGCUCGUGUCUGA